AUGGCUUCCAACAAUAGUUCUUUACCUCCACCUCCUAUGUUUGUAGGAGAAAACUAUCAUUUGUGGGCUGCAAAAAUGAAAACUUAUUUGAGAGCUCAAAGUUUAUGGGAUGUUGUGGAAAAUGGAAGCACCCCACCGGUUCUUCCAAACAACCCAACAGUAGCUCAGAUAAGAAAUCACAAUGAGGAAGUGGCAAAAGAAGGAAGAUCACUUGCCAUAAUACAUGCAGCUUUACAUGAUGAUAUAUUUAUCAAGAUCUUGAAUCUUGAGACUGCAAAAGAAGCUUGGGACAAGUUGAAGGAAGAGUUCCAAGGGAGUGAAAGAACAAAGAAGAUGCAAGUGUUGAACUUGAGAAGAGAGUUUGAAGCACUAAAAAUGAAAGAAACCGAAACUGUUAGAGAAUUUUCUGACAAAAUUUCGAAGGUGGUUUCACAAAUCAGAUUGCUAGGAGAGGAUCUCAGUGAUCAAAGAGUUGUGGAAAAAAUUUUAGUGUGUCUUCCAGAGAGGUUUGAAGCAAAAAUAUCUUCUCUCGAAGAAACUAAGGACUUUUCUCAAAUCACACUUGCAGAACUUGUUAAUGCUUUGCAAGCUACUGAGCAGAGAAGAUCUUUAAGGUUGGAAGAAAGUGUUGAAGGUGCUUUUGUGGCAAACACUGUCAUACCCCAAAUUUUGACGUUUGUUUCCGUUUUAUAUUAUUUUCGAUACAAUUCUCUCACAAGUGGUGCUAUUAGUUCGUGUGGUAAUGAAGAGAGUAUUUAA